AUGAUGCAGGCAGAGGACAACUCGCGGCUGGACCCCAAGGAGGAGGAGCUGGAGGACAAGGUGGAGCGGGAGUCGCGGCCCGAGUUCAGGGUGUACAAGCGGCGGUGGCUGGUGCUGGCGCUCUACCUCGGCUACGUGGUCAUCAGCGCGUUCCAGUGGAUCCAGUACGCCAUCAUCACGGACGUCAUCGAGACCUACUACGACGUGCCGUCCAUCGCGGUCAACUGGACCUCCAUGAUCUUCAUGCUGGCCUUCGUCGUCACCAUUUUCCCGGCCACUUGGUUCUACAACAAAGUGGGUCUCAGGGUGGCGCUGCUGAUGGCGAUGGGCGGCACGUGUGUGGGCACCUGGAUCAAGGUGUUCUCGGUGCGACCUGACCUCUUCUGGGUCACCAUGCUGGGCCAGACGAUCGUGGCGCUUUGUCAGAUGUACGUGCUGAGCAUUCCGGUGCCGCUGGCCGCCACCUGGUUCGGCCCCAACGAGGUCUCCACCGCCUGCUCCAUCGGCCUUCUCGGCCCUCAGAUUGGAGGCGCUCUCGGUUUUUUCAUCCCGGUGGCGCUGAUGCCGAACGACAAGGAGGACAUCCCUGGCAUCGAAAGGGGUCUUUCGUACAUGUUCUUCGGCUGCUCCAUCUUUGCAACGGUGGUUUUCGUGCUUCAACUGAUAUUUUUGCAGGCUGCACCGCCGACGCCGCCGAGCUACGCGCAGGCGAGUCGCAACAACGAAAGAGAGUCGUUGCAGCACUACGUCACGUCGCUUUGGAAACUGAUGAAAAAUGUGCACUUUGUGCUCAUAUUCGCCGCCUACAGCAUCAACCUUGCCGUCUUCUCGGCCAUCACCACUUUCCUCAACCAAAUGAUUACUCCACUUUAUGAGGAGGACGCCCAAGAUGACGCAGGAUACAUGGGCGUUUUGAUAACCCUGACAGGGCUGGUCGGAUCAGUCUUGGUUGGCUUCAUCUUGGACCGAACCAGACGAUAUAAAGAGAUGAACAUAAUUGUGUACGCUCUCUCGGCAGCCGCGACGAUCGCCUUCACGUUCGUUUUGCGCGCAGGCAAUCUCCCUUUGUUGUACGUCACCACGGCGGUGUUCGGUUUUACAAUCGUCGGAUAUCUGCCGGCCGCGUUUGAAUUCGCGGCCGAGCUGACCUACCCUGAACCUGAGGCGAGUUCGGCCGGCCUGAUGACCUUCGGCUGCCAAAUUCUUUCCGUUUUGUUCACGCUGGCCUACGACUGGUUGUUCAAGCCCUUCGGCGACCUGGCCAGCAACCUUUUCAUGAGCGGAUCUCUGCUGCUUGGCACACUGCUCACCUUUUUCGUCAAGUCAGACCUGAGGAGACAGCGAGCCGAGCAUGCGCACCAAUAGAAAAGCAGAUUAAAAUAAACGAUCAUUUUGUGAUUGAAUUUUUAGACUGUACAUACUUUGUUGAAAAAUAAAUUUAUUCUGAUUGUGAGAGCGA